CUCGCUACACACUUCUCUUUGAUCACCCCUUGCUCCUUGGCCUUUCAAGUACCUCUCUCUCUCUCUCACACAUAUAUUAGUCCUCCAUUCUUUUAUCUCAUUAGUGCUCCAUUCUUUGACCUCCACAAAAUUCCCUCCUAAUUAAUAUGACUCCACUAGAGGGAGAUCAUGAUCCAAGCCACUUCCAUCCCUUCACUCUACAAACUCAUGAUCCAACUUCUUCAAUCCCAUAUUCUUUUUUCCUUAACACCCAACAAGUGAUCCAAGAAGCAAAUGGUGCGCAUAAUCUCCUCCAUCAUCAUCAACAAAAACAAGAGUUCAUUGAUCAAGUGAUGAAUAUCCAAGGAUCAAGCAAUUUCACGGUUUCGUUCUCCACCAACACAACCAAUAGUAUUGACGACAUCGUCAAAGAUGAGAAGAAAUCAAGCAAGUGGAUGUCUUCAAAGAGGAGGCUCAUGAGAAAAAUGAUGAACCCAGAUGGUAUUAUUACCAAAAAACCAAGAAGAAGCAGACACCUUCUUCAAGAUCAGCAACAUCAUGAGCAAUUAGCUCAGGAAAGCAGCAGUAGCAACACCAAUAACAGCUCUUCAAGUGAUGGUGUAGUUAGAGUCUGCUCAGAUUGCAACACAACAAAGACUCCUCUGUGGAGGAGCGGUCCUUCUGGCCCUAAGUCUCUAUGCAACGCAUGCGGAAUAAGGCAAAGAAAAGCCCGACGGGCCUUAGCAGCAGCGGCAGCAGUGAGCAGCGGGCUGAUCCCUUUGGCUUCACGGGCCAAAGACCGAAAAUCUGAUCACAAGGAAUAUUCUGAAUCUGAUCGUAAUGUUCCAUUCAAGAAGAGGUGCAGGUUCUCUACAGCUGGAGGAGAUUCUGCUCAGAAGCAGAUCAAAAAGAAGAAGGAGAAGCGAUCCUUUGAUGAUAUUGUGAUCAGUCUCAGCAAGAGUUCAGCUUUCCAUAGAGUUUUCCCUCAGGAUGAGAAGGAUGCGGCUAUUUUGCUCAUGGCUUUGUCUUGUGGGCUUGUCUGCAGCUGAUCAUAAGAUGAUCAUACUAAUUUGUUUUUCUUUUGUUUUGUCUUUGAGUUUGAGUAAUAUGUUUUGUGUUUUGAUUAGUUAAGUUGAGAAUAAGUUUAGGUUGAAGAGUUGAUGAAGGUGAGUUUUAUGUGUUUUUGUGUGUGCGUAUGUGAGUUGCUACCAUGUUCAUCAUGGAGUUGAGUGUGUGGAGGUAACGUCGCAUUUUGUUUAAUUAAGAUAUUUCACCUCUUAUAAUAUUGCGUCCAUGAUUCUAAUU